CGCACCUGAAUGGCGUCGGACGUGCGGGCGGAUGCGCCCUCGAUGGUGGUGGUGUCCAGGUCGAGCGCCCAUAGAUGGAGGCGCAGCCACCAGCUGGUCGCAGGCGCAUCCACCAUCCCGUCCAGGGCGGGUCAUUGACCCCCCAGGUCCAAAGGGGCCAAAAGUCCGGGCGACUGAUCUACGCAAAUGGGGGCCAAGGAGCGCGCAUGUUUUGCAAUCCGAUUUGAAUGGCCAUUGUAUGCAAAUGGGGGCUGAGCGGGCGCGCCAGUCCGGGCCGCACUCGACGCUGCUCCAGCAUGGCGGACGCAAGCGUUCCAAUCCCGCAGUACUUCGGCGGCAAGAACGUCUUCAUCACGGGCGGCUCGGGCUUCAUUGGCAAGGUGCUGAUCGAGAAGCUGCUGCGCAGCUGCCCCGACGUGGCGCGCAUCUUCGUGCUGCUGCGCCCCAAGAAGGGGCGCAGCCCGCCCGCCGAUCGGCGGCAGUUGCUCGAUGACGUCGACGUGAUUUACCACGCAGCGGCCUCGGUGCGCUUCGACGACUCGCUGAAAAGUGCCAUUUUGCUGAAUGUGCGCGGCACCAGAGAGGUGGGGGUGCUGGCGCACGAGAUGCGCCACCUGGAGGUGUUUGUGCACGUGUCCACCACCUACAGCCACACGGAUCGGCGCGUGAUCGAGGAGAAAACCUACCGCGCAGACACCGACUGGCGGCGCGCCAUCGAGGUGGCCGAGCAGAGCGAGGAGCACGUGCUGCGCAUCCUGACCCCCCACUACAUCGGCCCCUUCCCCAACACCUACACGUUCACGAAGCGGCUGGCCGAGGACGCGGUCAGCGACCUGUGCCAGGGCCGCAUUGCUGGUUGCAUAUUCCGGCCCUCUAUCGUGAUUUCCACGGCGAGUGACCCGUUUCCCGGCUGGAUCGACAACUUCAACGGCCCCGUGGGGAUUUUCGUCGCCAGCGGCAAAGGUAUUUUGCGGUCGAUGUACACCAACCCCGACCUGGAGUCCGACUACAUCCCGGUGGACCUGGUGGUUAAGGGCUUGAUCCUGGCCACUUGGGCCAAAGCGAGUGAAAAGAGCGAGUCGGAGCGGCUGAACGUGGCGGUUUUCAAUGCGAGCAACAACAGCGUGCAGCCGAUGUCCAAUCGGGAGCUGGUGAAGAUCGGCAAGCGGAUCGCCUGGGAAGUACCGCUGGACUCGAUGCUUUGGUACCCGACCGGGCACGUCACCAGCUGCUACCCGGACCACUUUCUGCGCGUGGUGUUCUACCACCUGCUGCCCGCCCUUCUGGUGGACGGCCUGCUCAAACUAACAGGCCACAAGCCAUUGCUGUGGAAAAUCCAGCGCAAAAUCUACAUCGCCAACAUGGCGCUGCAGUACUUCAUCAUGCAGGAGUGGAAGUUUGUGAACGAGAAGACGCGCGCCCUGCAGGAGCGGCUGUCGCCCGCCGAUGUGCAGGCCUUCGGCUAUGGGGAGACCCGGAUCGACCCCUACGAGUUCUUCAGGAAUGCCGCCAUGGGCGGCCGCCAGUACCUGCUGAAGGAGGGGGGCGACAUCGAGCGCGCCAGAGCGAACAGCCGCAGGAUGUACGCGCUCUCGCUGGCGUUUGACGGGCUCUGGUACGCUGCCGCCCUCUACCUGCUGGCGUUCAAGCUGGACACUGUUGCCGCGCUGCGUCGCGCCCUGGAGGCGCUUUGCGCCUAUUUCACCAGAGUUUGAGCGGUUUGUCGCCGAUUACACGCCCACUGUGUGGUUU